AGUUCCUAUUUACGAUAGGGUUUAUACAGAGAGGUGUUUUAUAUUAGUUAUUGUAGUCAGCAACAUGGCGUUGAUAGGUAAUAUUGAAGCUUUUACCGGUGUUCCAGAAGAAUUUGAAUCCUACAUAGAAAGAUUAGAACAUUUGUUUACUGUUAAUAAGGUUGAAGAAAAUAUGAAGGUUUCAAUGUUAAUCACACUAGGAGGUACGAGUCUUUUUCAGGUGUUGAAAAACUUAGUGGCCCCAAAGAAACCAACCGAAUUUACGUUCCAAGAAGUGAAAGGGAAAUUGAUUAAACAUUUUUCUCCACCUGUGUCCGAAAUCUACGAACGUUUUGUUUUCAAUCGGUGUGAACAAAAAGCUGAUCAAUCUAUCUCUGAUUACAGUGUAGAGCUAAGGAAGUUGGCAAAUUCUUGUAAUUUUGGACAGUUUCUAGAAGAGGCUCUAAGGGAUAGGUUUGUUUGUGGGAUUAGAGACGAAGGAACACAAAAGAAGUUGUUGGGUGAUGUAGAUUUAACAUUUCAAAGUGCUUGUCAGUUAGCUUUGGCCUCAGAAGUAGCACAGAAACAAGUUAAGUUAUUAUCUGAGGGAGGUAAUAUAAAUGUAUUAAACAGAGGCAAGCAUAGAAAUCCAAAGUUUAGAUCAACUCUCAGUGCAGAUCAAAGUUGUAAAAAUUGUGGCAGAAGUCAUCAUAGAGGUAAAUGCCCAGCUGAAAAAUGGAGAUGUUUUUUUUGUGCAAAGUUUGGUCAUGUCAAGAAUUUCUGUCCAGAUAUUCGACCACAACCUGUGAAUGUAGUACAAGAGGAGGAAUAUAACAUUGAUAGUGACGAGGUCAACCUAUUAAAGCUGUAGGUGAAUGUACAGUGAAUGUACAUUAUGGGAGUAAAACAUGUGAGUUGCCAUUGGCAGUUAUAGAGUCAGGUAAGGAAUUCACGCCACUGCUUGGAAGGAAUUGGCUCAAUAUCUUGUUUCCUGACUGGAAAGCUAUAUUUUGUAUGGAUGGGCAAAUAGGUCAUAUAAAUGAACGAGAUGAUCUAAUUGAGUCUAUUAAAAAUAAAUAUAAAUUAUUAUUUGAUGGCAAUAUGUGUAGUCCAAUCAAACAUUUUGAAGUAAAAUUUAACAUAAAAGAUAAUGUGAUUCCUAUUUUUAAAAAGGCAUACUCAAUGCCAUAUGCUAUU